CGUUUUUUUGACUAUUGUCAGUUUCCAGGGGUAGUAGGGGCCAUUGACUGCACGCAUGUUCACAUAAGGAGCCCAGGUGGUGACAAUGCACAGAGGUUUCUCAAUCGCAAAGGUCGCUUUUCUAUAAAUGUGCAGGCAGUAUGCACUCACGAAGGGCUGAUAACAGAUGUGGUCGCAAGAUGGCCGGGAGGGUCCCAUGACUCACAGAUUUUUCGGGAAUCGUGGCUCAAGAGGAUUCUUCAAGAGGCUAGCCAUGAGGCCAAAUGGCUAUUGGGGGACAGUGGUUAUGCUUGCCAGCCAUAUGUCAUGACACCACUACUUCACCCGCGUGACAGGAGUCAGCAAAGAUACAACCGUGCGCAGAUUAGAGGCCGGAACAUCAUUGAACGUACAUUUGGGAUGAUGAAGAGGAGAUUCCCAUGUCUCAACCAGCUCGGGCUCAAAUUGGAAACGACACUGACGACAAUUGUUGCCGUUGUUGUCCUCUGGAAUCUCUCCAUCAUGAGAAAUGAACCUCAAGUCAAUGGUCCUGAACCGCAGGAGAACCCCGGUGAUCUGUUACCUCCUGAUGGAGCUAACAACAUAGCUGGUCAGCUAAGAAGGCAGUGGCUAAUUGAGCAUCAUUUCACAUAAUAGAUCAACUUUUUAAGGGAUGAUUCAUUAAAUUUUGGCUAAUUCUUAAUGAACCUCAAGUCAAUGGUCCUGAACCACAGGAGAACCCCGGUGAUCUGUUACCUCCUGAUAGAGCUAACAACAUAGCUGGUCAGCUAAGAAGGCAGUGGCUAAUUGAGCAUCAUUUCACAUAAUAGAUCAAUGUAGAAGGAAUGACGCUCAAUUAGCUACUGUCUUCUUUAAGUUGACAAGCUAUGUUGUUAGCUCCAUCAGGAUGUAACAUAUCACUGGGGUUCUCCUGUGGUUUAGGAACAUUGACAUUAGGUUCAUUAUUCAUUAAGAAUUAGCAAAAGUUUAAUGAAUCAUUCAUUCUACAUUGAUCUAUUAUGUGAAAUGACGCUAAUUCUUAAUUCUUCAAGGAGGUAACAGAUCGCCAAGUUUCUAUUGUGAACCUAUGUAGAAAUUCUUGACGGACAAAAAUCCGACAAAUGAUUUCAGAUAUAGAUCUAGGCAACUACCAUUAUAUACAAUAUAAUCUACCAUUGACUGUCUCGAGCUGUUAUGCAUUACUUUAUGUUCAGCUUUUUUAGCGUAGUGUGAAGGGACAAAGACAGCACUCAUUCCAUACACCAUUUAUGUAAAUCAAACAGUUGGUUCAAGGAGUUAAUGUAUCAAUGUGCACUCAUUUAUUAUUUUUUUAAUAAUCCAAGUGUAAUUCAUUGAAUUGGAUAGUGCAAAGAUAUUACAGAUACAUGUGGCACCAUAUCAAGCAUUUAAAACUAUUACAAGCAUGUAAUACAAACACUUUGUAAAUUCCAGUCGUAUUGUAUGGAAAUGGCACAUUUGAAAUAGUUCAUAUUGUAGAAUAUACAGUCAGGCUCAGUUUAGAGAUGGUUUAACCUAGAGCUUUUAUUUAUGUUGACAAUUUACAUCUUACCAGUACUAGCACGGUCAUUUUGAAAUAAGCUUGAUUUAUUUGAAUUUUUCUGCUUUUCUUCACCGAUGAGUACUUGGAAUAAUAUAGACAUAUAAACGGUAUGCAGUAUGCAGUAU